AUGCGCACAUCUGCUUUGUGUAUCGUGUGUGUUAGCAUGCUGUUCAGGUCCUCUCUCAGCUGCUUUCAGUGCUUUGUUGAUGUUCCAGACAGUCUUCGCCUGUGUUGGGGUCACUUUUUGACUGAACACAACAUUAGAAAUGUUGACGCCUGCUUCAGGAAGCUGGACCGCAUAUUCAACAAUCAUGAGAGAGUAAUUGACGCUGGAAGAGUGGGUAGAGGUUAUGACAAACGACUGAAAGAGAUUCUGGAUGCAGAGAUCCUGCCCAUGGUGGAAGAGUUCCACAAAAAGCUGAAUAAAGACACAGUGUAUGAGGAGAGGUUGCAGACAGCAGCAGACAAUUUCAUCGCAGCUGCCUCCAAACUGCCUAGAGGUGAGACAUGUCUCUGGAUGCUUCCCUCCUUGUGUGUUAGUUUCACGCACCCAACAGGUUUUCAGAGUGCAGGUGCAGUAUACAACUGUAUUACCUGCCAGUAUGACUCCUGUGAAUUCCCUCUCGACUGUCCAGUUAAAGAAAUGAAAGCAACGGAGAACAGCAGGAUCCAAAUGCGGUGCGAAGUGCCAUUUCACUUACCAGACGAUAUCGAGGUGAUCUGGAGGGUUGCAGAAGAGGUGAAAACCCAGCAGGUGGAUCAGUUUAAAGAAGUGACUGUGGGGGUGGAUAGGCUCUAUUCCAUCCCUUCAACCAGCUUGCAGCAUCAGGGCACCUACCAGUGUGAGAUCUACUCAGACCAACGCUCCAUUGUCAGGCUUUACUACUAUCUCACAGUGACCCCCCAGGUUGUGGCAGGCCACACAGAGCUGCAGGAGGUAUUCGACCUGUCUCUGCUCUCAGGAUGGCUGUUACUCCCUUCGCCUGGUGGUUCGCCCUGCUCCCCCCUCCUCCUCCCCUCACCACUGCUUCUCACCGCCUGUUUAACUGCUUUGCUUCUGCUGCUGUUCCUCUCCCUGGGAGCUCUGUAUUGGUCAUCAGAACCAGAGCAAACCCACCAUGCUGAACAUGCAGGUGGAGAUGAGGAUUUGGGAUUCUGA